AUGUUAAUUACAUUAUACAAAAUGGUUGCUCCGAAUCCAACAGACUUAUAUCGAUUUUGUGAUCUUGUCAUGGAGUCAGUUGUAGAGAUGAGCCCACCCUCGUAUGAUCUACCUUGGCUUCCUGGGUUUGAAGAUUGUAAAACAGACUAUGAACGUAUCAAGAAGUUUAUGUCAAUGCCAUUUCUUAGACAAUUUAAAAUCUCAAUCUCUGACCAAUCAUCAGCUGUGAAAAAUAAUUCCAUUGCUAAACAAAAACGUGAACAUGGAAAUAAAGCAUGGCGUACUAAUAAUUUAUCUCUAGCUCUUCGUUACUACACUGAAGCGAUUUUCUUUGCCAGCAGUUCUGAAGAAAAAGCUUUAGGCUAUGGUAAUCGGUCAUGUGUUUUAAGUCGUAUCGGUGUUCAUGAAGCAGUAAUACAAGAUAUUGAUCUGGCUAUUAAAUAUAAUUUCCCUAAAGAUCGUCGUCCACGUCUAUUUAUACGUCGUGCACAAAGUCUUAUUUCGCUGAAACUCUUUAAAGAAGCAUUAAAUGAAUUCAAUAACUGUAUGGAAUAUAUGAAAUCUGAAAAUUUAACUAUUCCAAAUAAUUUAAAUGAAAUGAUGCAAAAGGGAAUAAAAGACUGUUCAACUAUAAAAGAAAAUGAAGUAUUGAUUGAUGAUUCAGUUAUACCGUACUUUGUACAUGAGGCGAAAUCGUUAAUAGGGAAGCAUGAAAACACUCAAACGAGUAUUACAAAGAAUUAUAAUAAUCCUAAUAAUGGCAGUAAUAUCACAGAUCAUAAUUUGCAUCCAAACAUUCUUCGUUCUCUUCAUUUACAAGAUCCACCAGCUGUGAAAUUAAAUUAUAAUGAUGAAUUUGGUUGGCAUAUUGUAGCGACAAAAAAUAUUCGGCCAGGUGAACUUCUCAUACUGGAUAAACCAUAUUCUUGUAGACUUCAUUACAAUAGAUUAUUACUCAAUUGUUAUCGUUGCUCUAAACGAUGUAUCAAUCCUAUACCCUGCCGUAAUUGUACUCAGGUUGGUUUUUGUUGUGAACUGUGUGAACAAGAAGCUUGGAACCCAGUAUGGAUUGAUAUUAACACAUCAUUGCCGUUAGAGUCGACAACUGAUUUAUCUUUACCGUGCCAUCGUUUCGAAUGUGGACUUGUUGAUCGACUGAUUAUAGAAGACUAUGCUGGUUGGAAACGAUUACGUAGUAAAUCGUCAAAUGACUUAACAGUAUCAAUAAAGAAAUUAAAGUCAUUCAUUGAUAAAUUAUCUGAUGAUGAUGUAAUUGGUGGACCGAAUAUUUCAUGGCUUGCAUUUGCUCUCUUAACUAAAACUGCUCCAAACAUUUUGAAUAGAUUAAUCAAGAUUUCCUUAAAUAAAUUAAUUUGUCAAAUUGAUGAAAAUCCAAUAAGUAAAGAAGAAUUAUCAUCAUUUACUGGUAAUCGUGUUAUUCCACAACAAAAUUGGGAUGAUUAUACAACUGUUGGUUGGCUGAUAACAAAUUCAAUGAAACGUAAGACUAGUGAUUUAUGGCAGCGGACUGUUGUAGCUGUUUAUUUAACUUUUUGUCUUGAGGCCGGUGGUUAUCCAAUUACCAGAGAUGCUGAUGAUAAUAAUCAAUCGAAUUGUACACUACUACCAUUUGAUUGGGCAUCUACAUGCAUAUUACAUCAUCUUCAAUGUAUCUCAUCAAAUGGUCAUUCGUUAUCAUUACCUGAAUACAUUUUUACAGAAAAUACUACAACUGUUCAUAAUAAUAAUAAUAGUGAUAAACAUAAAAUACCUGGUAUAGAUUUAAACAGAUUGACAUCAACUGAAAUAUCUACUUGUUUAUAUCCAGUUUUAUCAUUAAUCAAUCAUUCAUGCGAUCCAAAUAUUACCAAUAUAACAAUUGAUAAAUUUCAAUGUGCGAUCUAUUCAAUCCGACCUAUUGAACAAAAUGAAAUUAUUUAUGGAAAUUAUGGUUUACAUUAUGCAGUACAUUCUCUUAAUGAACGUCAAAGGUCAUUACAAUCGCAGUAUCAUUUUCAUUGUAUAUGUCAAGCAUGUAUAGAGAAUUGGUCACCUCUCAUUACUACUAAUAGUAUGACUAAUAGUAAUAAGGAUUUCCAAUUAAAAUGCCUUACAUGUUCUGGUCUAAUUAAUUUUGGUACAGUAACAACAUUAUUGGAUAGUGAUAAUAAGUUAUCAUUAAAAAAUAUCCACUAUUGUCAAUGUAGUCAACCAAUCCAAUUGAAGUCAUUAAGUAAAUUUCAAAAACUUGUUUACAAUGAUUUAUACACUAAAUUUAAUACUAUACCACUAACAUUUCAAAAAACUUCACCGAAGAAAAUGACAAAUAAGUUUUUAAACAAAUUUAUUAUUUAUACUAAACAAAUGUUAGAUACAGAGCAUUUAUAUAGUAUACUUCAACGACCUUGUACUACUUUAGAUUGGUUACAAGAAAUGCUUAAACAAUUGCUUGAUCUUCAACACUCUGGUUGGUCAUAUGAAAGUAAAAUAAUUCGAUCAGCAUUUUAAAGGGUGUUCUGAUGUAUAUAUUUGUUGCAUAAUUGUGUACUUUUCCCUAUCAGAUGAACCGAAUUCUAAUAUUCUCUUUUGUGAUGGAUUACAGUGACAUGGGCGCAUCGUCCACUUUUUUUAUCUUCUAAAUAAAAUGAUCCCAUUUAACUAUAAACUUCAUAAAUGGACAUCGACUGAAACCCUUGAACAAUAAAGAGUAUGACACCCAACAAUCCCGCCUUUCUUUCCAUUGAUUCUCGUUAGUUUGAGUGUGUGAUGGAAAUUUUCUUUAAAACGAAUAAAUUUUAAAUCAUCCAUCUAGAAAUUGAAUAUUAAUCGAUAUUUAUUUAUUCCCAUCUUCCUUAUUCUAAUGUUUUCGUUUUACUAUUCUUAGUCAGAACUACGUUAUGUUCCAUUUCUGAACAGUAUGUUGUUUUGUUCUAUUUAUUUGUGGAUAAUUUUGUAACCUUGACUCACCUUAUUGGAGUUGGUCAGUAGGAAAACAUUUAUUUAUGAACGAACUUUUGAUGCUUUACUCUAUUUUUAUUUUCUAUAAUUUGCUACAUUGAAGGUUUUUCAAAAUUUACCCUAUGACAAACUGUUUUGUUAGAUGAUAUGGCCAUUUUAAUCACUAUCCCGUUAUCUCUUAGUUUGGCCAAGAUCAUAUCCCUGGUUAAUUUCAUUCGUGACUUCUUUCUUCCAUUAAUUCUUAAAAUGUUUCUGAAGGAAGUUACUAACGUAAUAUUAAUAUACUGUUUUCUAUAUCAUCCAAAUAAGUCUUCCAAAGAAUAUUCAAAAAUAAAUGGAUGCUUUCCUGACACCUAAGAACAUUUAGCAUUUUUUUAUCUUACAUCAUUUUAUUAUUUGCUCCAUCAUUGUAAUCUGUCAUUUUCUCUACUAAUAUUGAUCUUGUUUACAGUUUUGUA